UUAUAUUUGUUUUGUUUAUAAUCGAUACAUAGAAGACUUUUAAUAUCCCAAAGACGUUAAGAUUAUUUAAGAUGACGUCAGCUUCAUCUAGCAGCGCUCGGUCCUUAUUCGCCGAAUCGAAACAACGGCUUGCAGAGCGAGUUCAAGUAAACAUGAACAAUAUUUCUUCACUAACACGGCAAAUUCAGCGAGGAUCUAAAUCUAACGAGCUCUUGACGAAAGCUGCCCGUGAGUUCGUAGCGACAGAGAACAUUAUGGAGGGCGCCGAAGAGAACCUCAAGAAGAUGAACCUGAUAGGAGUCCAUAUGGGGUACCAGUUUGAGAAUAUUCACAAAUCAGCACAAGUCUUAGCCGAGAUUAAUGAGCAGGUGGCAUGCAUGCACAGAUGACCUGCGAGUUUUGAUUAGAUUCUCUAUUGUGCUCGAGUGUAAAGCCCACAUGCUGGGCUAAAGAUGCUUGAUCUCUCAAUUGUAUAACUUUAGCCCAAAAUGUAUGUUCGACAAGGCUUGUGUUCUCGUAGCUGCUUAGUAUUAAUUUAAUACAAAGUAAAGUAAAAUUAUGUGUAUUGUAUACAUAAUUUGUAAGCAUCAAUGAGUAGAAAGC